AUGUUUGUAGACGUCACCCACAAUGCACGGAGCUCUCUUCCAGAUAGUGACAGCAAGCCAUGUUCAGAAGACGAUGGGAGGGUGGGGGACGCUUCCGGAUUUCAAUUCGCCUUCUGCCGUUCCUCUCUGAUUGAUCUUCGUCGUCUUGAUGUCCUCGAAAAGGCGUUUUGCCUUCUAAGUUCUCGCCUUCCACCUGUACCGUCCACCGUCGCCUUGCCCAACUCACCGUCCAAGUUUCCGUCUUCCGACGAUACAUCAUCGAGAAUUGAGGUAAUACGAGGUAUGAACAUGUGGCAGUUGCGGCCUGAAUCGAUGCCACAAGCGCAAGUGAGUGUGGCGUCUGCUGCAGCGCGAUCCGAAACCUUCCAGCCCAACCACGACUGGCCCGCACUCGCCUAG